AUGUCUUUUCUACUAAAAUCGAUGGUGAGUGGGCAGGUGAAGAAUUUAGGACUUGGAGGUGGAGAUGAAGAAAAGAAAGAAGAAGGAAGUGCUUCAGACCCUGCAGCUGCGGCAGGCAUGACUAGAGAAGAAUAUGAAGAAUACCAAAAGCAGGUGGUGGAAGAAAAGAUGGAACGAGAUGGCAUGUUUGCACAGAAGAAAGCUGAAAGAGCAACUCUCAGGGUUCAUUUAAGAGAGAAAUACAGACUCCCAAAGAGUGAACAGGAUGAGAAUCAGAUACAAAUGGCCGGAGACGAUGUUGAGCUGCCAGAAGAGCUGAAGAAAAUGGUUAAUGAGGACCAGGAAGAAGAAGUUGAAAAAGAGUCUUUCAUUGGACAAAUGUAUAACCUCCAAAACAUGGAUGCAGACCAAAUAAAAGAGAAAGUUCAGGCAACAUUUAGUGAAAUAAAACAGGCUGCUGAACAGAAGUGCUUCCUAAUGUGA